CAAAUAUUUUGGUUUGAUUGGAAGACUGAUGAUUUUAAUUUAUUUCCUUUUAGGACAAACUAUUUUUAAUUGUACUUGCGAAAACAAAUAUCAAAAUGCCGUCAAAAGGACCCUUAGUGUGUUUAAAAUGUGAAACCAGUGAAUCUCCUAUAUGGACAAAUGCUGAAAGUUUAGGGUCUAUUUGUUUGGACUGUGUAAACGAAGCCAAAGAUAAUAUGAAAACCGAAUUAGAAAAUGAGGAAGAAGACAAUAAAAUUGGUAAAUCGAAGCCUAGAAAUACAAGAUCUUAUAGAACAAGAUUAAAUCCUUUUGCUGUACCCAAAGUAUCUGCUCCUAAGACAAGAGGUCGUAGAGGCUUGACAAAGAAAACACCAGUCAAAGCUCCUACGGAUGUAGCUACAACUGUAACCAGUGAAUAUGUCUUUUAUAAGGGCAGCUAUAUUCAAGUUGGUGAUAUUGUAUCAGUAAAGGAUGUUGAAGGUGACAUAUAUUAUGCUCAAAUAAAGGGUCUUCUAACUGAUCAAUUUUGUAACAAAAGUGCAGUUUUAACUUGGUUAUUGCCAACUCAAGAAAGUCCUCCACCAAAUGAAAGGUUUGAUGCUGCUACAUAUAUUAUUGGUCCAGAGGAAGAUAUAGCAAGGCGUUUAGACUGUAUGGAAUUUAUUAUGCAUGCACCAUCUGACUAUUAUAAAGCAAAUAAUACACCAUAUCCUUCACCUUUUCCUUCUGCAGAACGUGGAUAUAUUUGGACCUCGAUUAAUUCAAUGAGUAUUUAAAUGAGAAAUUCGGUAGACUUUACAUAUUACACUUUUUGAAUAAACACUUUUAAUUUAUUUGGAACAUAUUGUUAAAUAUUUUUAUUUUCAUAUUUGUAUAUUAUUUUGUAUAAAUUAUAAUUCCUAAAAACUGU